CCCUGAAUGGGCGUAGUUAAGGCAACGCAUGGCAAGGGCUGCACUCUUUCUGAAUAAUAGCCACUGGGCGUUUCACUCAAUACUUUAAGAAACAUUGCAUCCUCACUGACUCAAAGGACACCCGCAGCUCCAACAACACGAGCCAUCAGAGAACCAGCAAGAUCAUCCAGACAUGUUUGGAAAUAAUAAUGCAGGUAGCUGCCAUCCAUCUGGUUAUGACCUGGGCCCCGUGCCAGGGGCCGACCCAUGCCCAGGGGGCGAUCAGGAGGGCCUCGACCUGAGCUUACUUGAUUUUGGAAACGAUGGAAAAAAAGGCGACCGUCAGUGUGACAACCGUGGGUCUGAAGACGACGCCCGGGACAAAGGCCGUUGCCAUGAUGAUGACCGCCGGGAAAGAGACGGUCACCGCGGCGACAAGGACUGCGAUUCCGGUGAUCGUGACGCCGGCCGUCGCCGUGACGAUGACUGCCGUGAAAAGGGUGGUCGCCGCGACGACAAGCACUGCGAUUCCGGUGAUCGUGACGGCGGCCGUCGCCGCGACGAUGACUGCCGUGAAAAGGGUGGUCGCCGCGACGACAAGCACUGCGAUUCCGGUGAUCGUGACGGCGGCCGUCGCCGCGACGAUGACUGCCGUGAAAAGGGUGGUCGCCGCGACGACAAGCAGUGCGAUUCCGGUGACCGUGACGCCGGCGGUCGCCGCGACGAUGACUGCCGUGAAAAGGGUGGUCGCCGCGACGACAAGCACUGCGAUUCCGGUGAUCGUGAUGCCGACCGUCGCCGCGACGAUGACUGCCGGGACAAAGAGGAUCGCCAUGGCGAUAGAGGAGGCAGAUGCAGCCCCAAACAGCGUGAUGGGAGCCACGAGCGCCAUCGCAAAAACAGCAAGAGUCCGGACCACCGUCGCCGAGGCAGUAAAAGCCCUCGCCGUCGCCGAGGCAGCAACAGCCCUCGCCGUCGCCGAGGCAGCAACAGCCCUCGCCGUCGCCAUGGUAGCGGCAGCGGUAGCGGCAGCGGCAGUAGUGGCAGUGAGAGCGACGGCAACCACGGGCGCAGACGUAAGCACAAGGGCCACAAGCAUGGCCAUGGCCAUGGGCACGGGCACGGGCACGGGCAUGGGGGUGGUAGGGGAAAGGGCCAUGGUCAUAAGCACUGCUAGAUGUUCCUCAUGAGUCCGAUCUACAGAACGCACAUUUGCACCAAACUAGAUGGUACAUACAUACAGUAAUGGAUGAUUGUAUGUAGAGUAGUUAUGUGGUUAUGUUACACCUUCCUAUUGGAUGAUGUCCUGAGGAAAAUUGUAACUGAAUGACAAUAAUAAUAAAGUCAUAAUCUC